AUAGAGUAGAGUUUUCAGUUUACUGCUAUCAAGCAAUCCACUAUGAAACCGACCAUGUUGAGUUUAGUGUUCUUGUGGUAUGUGGUUCAGGUCGUUUCAGCCGAAUUCCCCGAAGAACUAAUUGAAGAACACGUCCACGAGUGCUUGAAAGAGCUAAACCUCGAUAAAAAAAUUAUUUCGUCGAUUUUCGAUGAUAAAUUAAGGGUUGUCAACUUGGACGAGACAGGAGCUAAGCUUUUAAAAUGUGGAGUUAAAAAGGGUAACUACUUCACUCCCGACGGUAACCUUAACAAGGAGGUGAUUGUUGGAAGGAUCGCCAAAUGGCUCAAAUUUAUGGUUAAGCACGAUGAGAAGGAUUCGACGGCGCUGGCUGAGGAAUUUUAUCAACAUUGUGAAAACGUAAAAGGCGAAGACCAAUUUGAAGUGAUGAAACAGUGGAACAAAUGUCUCGCGAACAAAGCAGACACCAUCCAAUCAUGAAUACAUGUCUCUAUUUUAAGUGGCCCCUUAACUAUGUAUUUCAUGAAGUCUACUUACAAUUAUUAUAUUUGAUUUCAUGUAUUUAUUAGUAUAAUGUGUAGUAUUUUCAAA